AUGGGUCGAGACUCGGCGUGUGCUGAUGCGGUUUCCGGCGCGACUCUCAACGGGAUUAGCCUCGCAAAAUACAUCUCCGUCGUCAACACCUCCACCUCUUCCUCGUCGCCGUCGUCCUCGUCACGACUUCGCAUCGGCGGCCUUCAACUUGAUUAUUGGUCCGCUUUGAACUCCCGCCUCUGCAUAACGUUACGGCCGCCGUGCAACAGCCUGGCCAAAUUGUGCGGCAGCAAAAGCGCCGCCGGCACUAGCUACUGCCUCGUGUCGUACGAGAACAAGGCCGGGGACGCGGCGCGAGCGGUGACGAUGGGCCGGGUGGCGGUGGUGGUGGUGGCGGCGGUGGCGGAGGCGGUGGGGGGGGAAGUAGAGGUGGCGGGGGUGGAGGUGGGGGAGGAGGCGGUGGAGGGCCGGGUGGAGGUGGCGGCGGAGGCGGUGGGGGAGGUGGCGGAGGCGGUGGACAGCUGCUGGCGGCGGCAUGGGGGCUUCGGGGGCGAGACCCGUGGGUCGGUAGUACGGCGUCGGAGAGCACCGCCGGGCGCGUCUACGGCAGCCUUGCCGGCGGCGAUCGUGGCGGCGGCAGUCUUUGGCUUGGCGGCGGCAGCACCGGCAAACCGUACAUCAUUGGAGGACGGCACCACGGUAGCAGCGCCGGCAGUGGUGAUGAAGGUGGUGGCGGCGGCGGCGCGACGUUACGUAGCCACACAUUGCGUCACCGGCUGGAUGGAAACGGGCAGUGGCGGCGGUGAGGCGGCAGACGGCGGAGCUGACGGCAAUGGCGGCAGUGGGCCCGGGAUGACCAUCGUGCGGGGGGCACGUGGGGGGGAGGACCGAGUGGAGCUGACUGAAAAGCAGACGUUAAUUUGUUUAGUUAUUGGAUAG